AUGGUGGUAAAGAUUAAGGGCACGACAGACUACAGCUACUGGAAAGAUCUGUAUGAGAAACUGAACGAGGAGCAGGAGAAAGGGUCAAAGGUUAGAGAUAUUAGAGCAGGGUCAAAGGUUAGAGAAAUCAGACACACAGAGCAGAGUCAAAGAAUAGAACAUCUGGUAACACAAUCCAAACUACAGAGGGAAUUUAAUGACAGAAUGACGGAGCAGAUGUCAAAUCUGGAGAGACAGCUGAUUGCCUGUAGCUUAGCUUUGGAGCAGAUUGCCCACAAAAUAGACACCAUUGAUCCCCAGGCCCGGCCAGAAUUAGAGACUGCCACCUCCCUUCACAUUGCUAGUCGUCAGUCUCCGUAUCCCUACACUAAGAUACAGAGGUUUCCUGUCUUUGACAAGUACGUCAACUGGGAGGAGCCUUAUCCUACCUAUGAUCCAGUCCUGUACACCAAACCUGUGGAUGAAUACAGAGAAUCUAUACAGAGUCUGGUGGAUCCAGAUUUUAUUGAGAUCAUACAGCGUAUGGAGAGCAGCAGUCAGAGUCAGGAUGAGAGAACCAGUUUAUUGUCGGUUACCGGGUACCAGAAACCCCUGUGGAAUCUGUCAGCUACAUUUGUCAUCAAUGAGAAAAGUAUAGAAAUCAACAGAGUAUCUUGGAUCACCAGGGACGGUGUACCAAUUCGAUAUGAGCUCGACUCCUCCAACAUGCCUAUAAAUCCCAUGGGUCGUACUGGUAUGAGAGGAAGAGGGAAGUUGAGGAGAUGGGGGCCGAAUCAUUGUGUGAUGUUGGUCGUGUCCAGAUGGAAGAGAUUUCUGUCUACAGGUCAGAACCAGCAGAACUUCAUCACGGUGGAUGGCAAAAAAGUCCUAGAGGUCGCUGUAUUUCAGAAGAAGGAAUCAGGGGAGUUCACUCUGCCUAGUGGUAAGGAAUAUGGUGACAUGUCCCUCUACUCAGCUGUCUGUAGGAAGUUUCUGGAGAACAUUUUCCAGGAGUCUGAGACCAAGCUUGACCCUAACAUGACAGAACAACAAAUGAUUCAGUUCUUUGAGCAGUUUGUGGAGCCCCAUCCUGGCCCCUUUACAGGGUUUACUUCAGGACAAAUUUACAAGGGCUACAUGGAUGAUCCGUGUAACACUGACAAUGCCUGGAGAGAGGCGGAGGUCUGGAACAUACACUACCAUGUUCCAGAUAACCUUGACCUAAAGAUCAAGGACAAAGAGAAAAAAUGGAAAGAAGUGUCUUCUUAUCUUAGACUACCAGGAAACCAGAAUCUAAUCGUGCAAGAAGCAGCCCGUAACCAUGGUGCCUAUUAUUAAAACUGGUCGACAUACACCUACAUAUUUACCAGUCCAAUAAAAGCCUUAACCACCAAGUGCAUGGUUGUAGAUUCCAAGUGCAAUGUUAAUAACAGAAAUAAAAUUUUUAUUGCUUUCUUAAUAUAUAUAAUUUUCCCAUAUUAUUUUAUUGUAUUUUUUUCUUUAUAUAAGUUAUUUUACAAUUGCUUUUUUUUAAAUGCUUUAUACACACUUUUGGUGUUGGCAGAUUAUUCUAUGGUGCAUUUUUAUUACUUUCUCUUUUUUUGGUCAAAUUUCUGUGCUGUGCCAUUUUACACAGAUGAUUUAUUGGUUUGUAUAAUUACCUCAUUUUUAUAUUUUCAUAUGUACCUUAUUUUAUCAUUUAUUUACUGUUCAAUAUUUUAUCAGGUAUAUGUAGACUUUAAGGUGCCAUUCAUGUUAUUGAUAUUGAUAGUUUGGUAAGGUUCUAAGAGGUGGGACAAUAGUGGAUAUAAUCAGAAACUUUUUGUUUAAGAUUUGCAAUCAGUUUCCAAUGUCAUUAUAGUAGAGUAUAGAUAAAACAGGUUGUAGAUUUUACAUUAGCAAAGCUUCCAUGUCCUUGUCAGUUUAUAAUUCAGGGUAAAAUGUAACAGCUUGUAAAUAAAUCAUUAUGAAUAUUGUAUUAAUCCAACUACAACAUAAGGGUUGGCAAAAGGAAAUACUUUGCAUCAAUAAUGACUUAUAAAGUAGGCAAUAUUUAACCACAUGUAUUUUUCAGUAGAUCACUGUGUAGAAAUGCUUAUAUACUUCUAAAGAAAAUGAAACGCAAAUGUACAUCUUAGUUGCAGAAUCUUAUUUUUUUUUUAUAUGAUAUAGCAAACUUUAACAUCGAUGUUAAUCUCUCAAAAUUAUUCCUGCAGUAUGAAGCUAGUCUUAGAUUUUUAAAAUGAGAAAUACGGGUAGUUAAGUGGCUAGAAUGUAAAAUCCGGAGAAAAAUGUUUAUCAUUUGUAAUUUGUUAUUCAUUGCUCAAUUUUUAAGACCAAUGAUUUUAUUUUUCAUCUUGUCAGUUUUAUCAUAAGGUUUAAAUAGUUCUAUUGCUUGAUAGAAUUUGUUGCUCUUCAGUUUCAUUUUGUUUUAACAGUAUUUCAGUUAUUAGCUCACAGUUACUUUUAUUGAAACAAAAAAAAAUCUCAGCUCCUGUGUGCCCAAGGCUGGAAUAAACUUAUGCUUUUGCCAUUUGUGCUGGUUGUGUAAAAGUUUUGAUUCAAUUGAGUCACUUUAGUCAGACGUCCAUUUAUUAUCUGCUCAAGUCCACUUGUUACUUGGUAAACUUCUGUAGCUGAACAACCACAAGGAAGCAUUCCUA